AUGCAAGAUGAUAAAUUAACAUUGGAGAAAGCUAUUAGGGAGGUGAAAUCAUCGGAGCUUGUCAAGCACCAUCACGAUAUUCUAAAAGGAGACAGCGAAAAUGGGCUGAUUGGUCGCGUAAGAACAAAUCAACGAAAAGAGCAAGAUAUUUAUAUUGUGAAAAAUUUGAAAGAGCCAUUGGUGGGACGUCCAGCUAUCAAUGCCCUUGAUCUAAUAGCGACAGUCGAAGCGAUUCAGUCAAAUGAUGCAAGUGAUAUGGAAGAAGAAAUAAAGGUUACUUAUCCAAACUUGUUUAAAGGUCUGGGUGAAUUAGACGGAGAAUACAACAUCAAAUUAAAACCUGGUGCUAUCCCAUUUGCGUUAACCACACCUAGAAGAAUACCUUUAACGAUGACAAAGAAAGUUCAUGAUGAAUUGACGCGCAUGGAAAAACUUGGCGUUAUUUCAAAGGUUAAUAUUCCUACCGAUUGGUGCGCUGGUAUGGUUGUUGUUCCAAAAGCAGAUGCUAAAAUAAGGAUCUGUGUUGAUUUCACAAAGUUAAAUGAGUGGGUCUUGCGAGAAAUUUAUCCACUUCCGAAGAUCGAAAGUCUUUUGGCAGAAAUAAGAGGAUCAAAAUAUUUUCGAAGCUAG